AUGUUGCUGCCAUAUUCAGUUUCUGAUCCUCAGCAAGCCUGCGUAUUCUUCCCUGGUGUCGAUUUCCUCAAUCUUCACCGUUUUCCUAGCAUCGAUGCUGCGCAUGCAGUAGCGAAUAUGGUCAAUGAAAGAUUUCACAAUGUUCUAAUCUUGACUAUAAUGGGGCAGUGGAAUCACAGUCAUCGUCACAUAAUGGCCAGUCCCAUUAUACCUAUCCAUCUGUAUCGACAUCGUUUGGAUAUAUCGCUACCUCCAUAUUUUGGUAACCUCACUAAAUCUGAGUCACUUUCUCCAUCAGCACGCCACAAUUUACUGGUAAUGUUAUUUAACUCCUCCUCAUCUUUACGGGAAGAAGGCGUCCAGGUGUUUGGUCGCACAAAGGGUGCAACUAUCCUCACUGAGUGCGUGAAUCGCCCGUCUGUGGUAUGUGAUGCUGCCGGAAAAGUCGUAGAUUGGGAAGAAGGCGCUCGAGGUAACAUUCUUUCACCUAUCCAAUAUGGUACCGUGGGCAUAUUAUUAGGAAAUGUUUUCAGGAAUCCGAAAGCUUUACAGGCAACUGUUAUUCCCGUGAUAUUCACGCCUAAUCAUGUGCUCCCGUUUGCUGAUUACAUCGACUGGCACUUAAUCUCUUUGCGUCCGUCCAGUUUGGCUCGCGUUAAUGAUGUCAUCAACUCUUUGGACAACUCCCGAGUGGAAAGAAUUCGAGAUCAAAUUCGAAAAAUUCAAAACGAGUUCUCAUCGCUGCAAGGUAUCGUCAGUAUGGUAAUACGUGUACUGGAAUCGCGAAUGCUGCCCAUCAAGGCGCGCUCUUAUGAGCAAUGGAAUAUGUUUCCUGAAAGGGUACGUUGUGUAGCCUACCGUUCAUUCGAAAAUCUUCACUUUUUAUCAAUUUCAAUGAAACAUAUAAUAGAUGUUUGGUCUCGUCACCGAUAA